AUGGAGGGGGUCACGGUGGGCCAGGUGUUCGACGCGGAAUGUGUCCUCAGCAAACGGCCCAGGAAGGGGAAGUUUGAAUAUCUGGUGAAGUGGAGGGGGUGGUCGUCCAAACACAACAGCUGGGAGCCGGAGGAGAACAUCCUGGACCCGAGGCUCCUGGCAGCGUUUCACAAGAGAGAACACGAGCGGGAGCUGCUGUUCCAGAGGAAGGGGAAGCGGCCCAGAGGUCGACCGCGGAAGCUUCUGCCUGCGCCGACCACCACGAAGGACAGCCGCUCCUCCUCCUCCUCCUCCUCCUCCGCCCUCUCGUCGUCAACCUCCUCCUCAGAAGAAGAUGAUGAAGAUGAAGAUGAAGAUGAAGAUCACUCAAAGAAGGCGAAGCCCGGCCCCCCCCGUGUCCCCCCCGGCCCCCAGAAGAGGCCUCAGCCUGUCAAACCCGACUCCCCCCUCAAAAAGAAGCGUGGGAGGAAGCCACUCCCCCCUGACGUGAGGGCGUUACGACAGGCGAAGGGCAGACCUCCUCCUUCUCCACCUCCUCCUCCUCCACCUCCUUCUCCCCCUCCUCCUCCUUCUCCCCCAUCGACUCCUCCUCCACGCCACCACCAGGUGCUCAGGCCGUCCCGUGACGAGCCUCGACCUGGCGUGAAGAAGCCGCUGCAGCCGGCGAGCUUCACCUACACCGGCCUGAGCAGGAGCUCCAGAGACGGGCCUGGCUCCGCCUCCUCCGCCAGCGCCUUCUGUCAGAGCGCCGCCGCCAAACCCGGAACACUCGGCUGCGUCUGGACCAACCGCUCGCCGUCCUCCGCUCCGUGCUCCUCCCACCACAACGCCACCCGGUCCCCGCAGAGGAAGAACUCUGCGUCCGAGCUGAAGCGCUCCUCGUCCGACUCCGGCAGCGGCGGCUUCAAAGUGCUGAAGCAAAGCGGCGGCUCCGCCUCCAUCAGUCUUCACAGCGGCUUCCGUGGCGGCGCGGCGGCGCAGCGCUCCCAGCUGAGUCAGCGCAGGCAGGACGCCGUCAGAGGUCAGAGCAUGUUGGUUCAUCACAAACAGAGUGUUUCCAAACCGUCAUCGCUCGCCACACCUCGAGACCGAGCCAAUCAGGCGCUGAGCCUCCGAGCCCUCAACCUGCAGAGCGUCAGCAAAGCCCCGGGCGCCGCCGGUUUCCACGGCAACAGCCCAGGCGGCGCUGCAGCGUCGCGGUCGAGCUUGAGGAGCGGCAGCAUCGUGAUUAAAGGAGGAGUGGCGAGUAUGAGAGAGACUCGAACAUCGGCGUCAGGGCAGCGCUCCGGGCUGACUGCAGGUGGCGCCGCAGAGCAGGGCCGGGGGAGGGACAUGCUGGCAGGAGGCGGCGCCGGCCGAGGGAGCGGCGGCGGGAGGCCGGAGGAGCGGAAACACGGCGUGAGCGCUCAGAGCCGCAGCCUGAACGAGCUCAGCACCGGAGACUCCGACGAGACCAGCAGCAGCGAAUCAGAGCGCGGCGCCUCGCUGUAUCCCAGCAACAGCCGGCCCAGCCUCGGCAACAACGCCACCGAGUCGGACACGGAAACCGACUGGCGUCCGACCCGGAACCUUCUGGAGCACGUGUUCGUCACCGAUGUCACGGCCAACCUCCUCACGGUGACGGUGAAGGAGUCUCCCACCAGCGUGGGAUUCUUCAAUCCACGAACCCACUGAGGCCACGCCCCCCCGCUGCAGCUCCCAGGGUGCCCCCCCGCUCGUCUACACACAGCUGGUCACUGUCUCACACUUUGACUCUUGGAGACGCACAAAACGUUGGAGAGAGAACGACGUGACAGUUUCCUCCGGUGACGACUCCUCUGGUUUCAAAUCUGAUGAAACCUGGAACUCUGAUGUUCUGCUGACGUGAGAGGAAACGUCUCCAGAGUCUGGAGCUCCUGAUGGAUGUAGGACGCCACCUCUCCAGUGCCUCAGCUGCUCCCGGGAUCAGUUUGUAUCCAAACACAAUAUGUGGCUUUAUUUUCCAGAGCAGCGUGUUUUGAAAAUAUAUUAAAAAAAAGAAGAAAAAAAGAAGUGACGUCCGUCUGUGAUCCGUGAACUUUUGACCAUGAACAAUCCCACGGGUUUUUUAAAUUGUCUUUUCGUUGUUGGACCAAAGGUGUUUGGAAUGUGAAGCUCCUGUUUGUUGUUUUCUGAUUGUUCCCUGAGCGACGCCCAGCCGGUUCCUCGCCAGCGUCUCAGGACGGAGACGCUCCUGCAUCAACACAUUUCUCACUUUUAUACAGUUUAAUACGUUUGUCGUUAUCGUCGGUGUCUUUCACAGGUGAAAUAUGUGUUAAUUUAUAUUGUAAAUAGGACUUGUUUUUUCAUGUUGAUCUUUAUCUGGUGCUCAUGUUGGUUUAUUAGCUUCAGACACGUGUAGUGAAAUAAACCAGAACAACCUGA